AUUUAACUUUCGGUUUCUGAGAUAGUUCGAACUGUCAACCAGAAGGCACACCCGAACGUGUAUUGUGACAUAUUUUAGAAGAACCAUGGCCAGUCUUGGUAGUGCCAACACGAUGUUUGCCUUGGACCUUUUCCGCACUCUGAGCGAAACCAGCGCUGGUGGGAACAUAUUCAUCUCUCCCAUGAGCAUCACUUCUGCCUUAGCUAUGGUCUUUAUGGGAGCUAAAGGAAACACCGCCGACCAAAUGGCAAAGGCUCUUUGUUUCGGCAAGUCCACAAAUGUUCACUCAGAUUUCCAGGCUCUUUCUUCUGACAUCAACAAACCAGCUGCCUCCUACGUCCUGAGACUUGCCAACCGUCUCUAUGGGGAGAGGACCUUCAACUUUCUCAAGGAGUUCAUAGAAUCCACACAGAAGUUCUACAAUGCAGACCUGGUGGCCUUGGAUUUCGUAGGUGCUGCAGAGGAGUCACGGAUACAGAUUAACCAAUGGGUGGAGGAGCAGACUGAGAGUAAAAUCAAGGACCUUUUGCAACCAGGAAUGGUCACUGCCAUGACAAGACUGGCUCUUGUGAACGCUAUCUAUUUCAAAGGCAGCUGGCUGCAUAAAUUUGAUGGAAAAGACACCAAAGAAAUGCCCUUCAAAAUCAACCAAAAUGAGACCAAGCCCGUGCAGAUGAUGUACCAGAUGAAGAAGUUCCCCUUCAACUACAUCUCUGACUACAAACUGCAGAUCCUGGAGCUCCCGUAUCAAGGGGAGGAGCUGAGCAUGUUCAUCCUGCUGCCGGAGGAGUCUAGCGACAACAGCAGACUGCGAAAGCUGGAGAAAGAGCUGACCCUGCAGCAGAUUGAAGAGUGGACAAAGAGGAGCAACAUGGACAGAAACACAGACAUCAUAGUGCACCUGCCCAAAUUCAAACUGGAGAAGAACUACAUGCUGAAUGAGCCCCUGGCCCGUCUGGGGAUGACCGAUGUGUUUGAUGGGGCCCAGGCCGACCUGUCCGGCAUGAAUGGGUCGGGCGGCCUCUACCUGUCCACAGUCGUCCACAAGUCAUUCAUCGAGGUGAACGAGGAGGGCACAGAGGCUGCAGCUGCGACGGCCGGGCUUGUAGCGUUCUGCAUGGUUCGGGAGGAGUACUUCACCGCCGAUCACCCCUUCCUCUUCUUCAUCAGGCACAACAAGUCCAGGAGCAUCCUGUUCUUGGGCAGGUUUUCCUCACCUUGAAGACAUGGCCAGUGCAGAGGCCAUUAAAGAUUGUUUCACCAUACAGAUCCUAUAUAUCAAAAUAUGCUUGUGCAGCAGUAAUUUUACAGUUAUCGAUCAGUACUUACCAAAGUUGUAAUGGUAUGGGUUGAAUGUCUUUCAAGUGUGAUCUAAUCAGUGUGUAUGUAAAGCACACUAACCAGCAAUUAACAGUAGACAAUUGUUCAAAUUAAU